AUGGGAAAUUCAAUAUACACCAUUUUCAUGCCAAGGGAGGCGUUCUCGCGUAAAGUAAAUGCUGAGCUGGUCUCGAGGGCGCUCCUUGAACUCGAUGUUCCCGCCUACGUCAACGAGCGCCACGAUAUUGCUGUUGAUGGGUUCAAGGUCUCUGGCAGUGCAUACAAGAUCAUCAACAAACGAGCUUAUCACCAUGGAACUAUGCUUAUUGAUGCGGAUACAGCCAUGCUCAAGGGCUGUUUGUCGAAAAGGAACAAAAAUUCCAAUAUUGUGUCCAAAGGUGUUGAGUCUGUGCCUUCUCCAGUCACCAAUCUGCGCAAUUAUUCUUAUACGAUCGAUCAUCAGCAAUUUUGUGAAUCCGUUUUAAACGAGUUUGUCCGUGACUACAAUGAUGGUCAGGAUAUCCAGCCCGUAGUGUUCGAUGAAUCUCAUGUUCUCCCUCAACGUGCACGAGAAAUGUCAGAGGAGCUGCAAACGUGGGAUUGGAUCUACGGACAGACACCCGAAUUUACCAAUAAGAUUGAGCAAGAAUUCGACUGGGGACAUGUGAACGGUCUCAUUCGUUCGAGACAUGGAGUAAUAACAGAAGCCGAUUUUACUUCUCCAGAUGCCAGUGGCGCGCACGAAGUCAUCAUUAUGUCUGCAAUAUCGAACGCACUAAGAGGCUGCCAAUAUUCUGAAAAGGCAACCGAGACAGCGUUGAAAAAGAUCAAGACAAAUAUACCGGGACUCUUAAACCCUGAAAAUGAGACAAUUGUGCAGCAGCUUACUCAAUGGAUCAAUGCUCGAUUAAUUUGA